AUGGUUGGAAAAAGCAGUGGUCCAUCAAAUUCUAAUGAGUCAAGUCGUGACUCACAACGUAGUCAACCUAGAAUAGCUAUCCUCGGAGAUUCGAUGAUUAAACAUUUGGACACCAAACGAAUGCAGAAUGGAUUGAAGAAAGGAAAAGUAACGAUUAAGACAUUUCCUGGUGCAGGUAUUGACCAAAUGAAGCAUUAUGCAGUACCAACUCUAAUUACCAAGCCAAAGACACUUAUAUUUCAUGUUGGAACCAACGACUUACAUAACAAAACACCAGAAGAUCUAAUAAAUGCAAUGAAUGAUCUUGGUGAAACGAUCCAUAGACAGAACAACGAUCUGGAACUUAUAUGGUCGGAAAUAAUAACUCGAACUGAUGAUCCAAACUUAGCAGAAAAGGUAAAUGUAGUCAAUGCCGAGCUCGCUAAAUUAUGUACAGAUAAGGGCUGGGGACUUAUUAAACACAACAACAUUAAAGGAAGUCUUUUAAAUAACUCUGGUCUACAUUUAAAUAAACAUGGAACUACUACAUUAGCUAAAAACAUAAGACAAUUUCUUAGCAGCCAUUGA